AUGGGUCCGCUGUCGAACAUCAGCGACGCAGGUAUGACCUCCACUGCGUUCCACUCCUGGCCCGAUACCCUCGCUUGGGAUGGGUACUCUGGAGACUACGGCCCUACCUACAAUGGAAUCAUCAUGGGAGCAGGCACGUACCUUGUUGAGCACCCAGACUUCGGAUGGGUCGCCAUGGGCGGGCAGGUGACUUCUACCAACCCUGUGACUGUGACGCCAAGGGAUAGCGUGCAGCGAAGCAUCUAUGUCGCUGCCAUGGGUCUGGCUGUGCAAUUCGAUGCCGGCGGGAUCUCACUGUUUGUCUACAAUGCCUCUUCCAAGACUUUGCCCUCGUUGCGGCUGAGGAGGUACCUGCAAAGACAACGAUCGUGA